UUAACAGCGCAAAGAAACCAAAGGUUUUUGUUUUCUUUCAUCCUCUCGUUUUCAUUACCUCCAAAAAUGGCGCCGGCGAGCACUUGGAUGUUAUCUUUGAAGGUACUGUUGAUUUCCACAGGUGUAUUGACCAUAGCUUUAGGGCUUAAAGUCUCUGUUCCAUUGGUCAUGGAAUUCUACGUUUCUCAAGCUCCGUUGUUAUGGACAACGUUCUGUUCUUGGCUCAAGCCGCCGUAUCUUUACGUCAUCAUCAAUGGAAUCAUAAUCACGAUUGCAGCAUCGUCGUGGUUUCAUCAAAACCAUGCCGAGAACGAACAGGCGGAGCAGAUGCAGCAGCCGAGAUCGAAGAUCUCCGUGGAUCAACGGCCUGCGAUGGAGCACGAGCUUAAGAGCGGCUUGGAUUUCGGUGUAGCGGAACCGGUCGUGUACGAGGAAAAGCGGGUAGUAGAAGAGGUGGAAACGAUGGUUUUUGUGGCGGAGACCAAUGUCGCGAUUGCUGAUAGGGAUGGAGGAGGUGACGAGUUCGCUAUCUGCAAAUCGGAGUGGAUUCCUCCGAGGAGAAUGGAUUCGUAUGAUAUUCCAUCGGAUAUUCUGUUUCAGCUGGAUAAACCGCCGGUUUCCUCUAGAUUCGGUCACCGGAAACCUGUUAAAGCCAGUCCUGAAGGUGGCCGAGCAUUGAGGCGGGUGGCGAAACCCAAACGCCACGAGACGUUGGAGAGCACGUGGAAGAUGAUAACGGAAGGGAGAGCAAUGCCAUUGACGAGGCACUUGAAGAAAUCGGACACGUGGGAGAAUCACAGCCGUGAUAUCAACGUCGAGGCAUUGGCCGAUUCGACGGCGAUGACGAAGAAAUUUGAAACUUUCAGAGACCGGACCAACUACCAGCCUCCUCCACCUGUACAAGUGAGCUCUCCUUCUCCGGCUUCGGCAGUGAAGGUUAGGAAAGAGCCGUCGCUGAGCCAGGACGAGUUGAACCGGCGAGUGGAAGCGUUUAUAAAGAAGUUCAACGAGGAGAUGAGGUUGCAGAGACAAGAGUCGCUUAAUCGGUACAUGGAAAUGGUUAACCGGGGAUGUUAGCCGCUAAACAUCGAUUAAUUAACCAUAGUUUAAAGCUUUAAAUCUUGUUUUUUUUAAGAACAGAAAAUAUGUUCAUUAAUUUAUACAAAUAUGU